CUCGCCGCCCCCCCCGCCGCCCCCCCCCCUCCGCCGCCCCCCCGGCGCCCGGCGAGGGCAAGGCCGCCGCCGCCGGCCCCUUCUACCUGCUGCGGGAGCUGCCAGGCAGCACGGAGCUGACGGGCAGCACCAACCUGAUCACGCACUACAACCUGGAGCACGCCUACAACAAGUUCUGCGGCAAGAAGGUGAAGGAGAAGCUCAGCAACUUCCUGCCCGACCUGCCCGGCAUGAUCGACCUGCCCGGCUCCCACGACAACAGCAGCCUGCGCUCCCUCAUCGAGAAGCCCCCCAUCUGCGGCAGCUCCUUCACCCCGCUCACCGGCACCAUGCUCACCGGCUUCCGCCUGCACGCCGGCCCCCUGCCCGAGCAGUGCCGGCUGAUGCACAUCCAGCCGCCCAAGAAGAAGAACAAACACAAGCACAAGCAGAGCCGCACGCAGGACCCCGUCCCCCCCGAAACCCCCUCGGACUCUGACCACAAGAAGAAAAAGAAGAAAAAAGAGGAGGAUCCUGAACGGAAAAGGAAGAAGAAAGAGAAAAAGAAAAAGAAGAACCGGCACAGCCCCGAGCACCCCGGGGUGGGCAGCUCCCAGGCCAGCAGCAGCAGCAGCCUGCGGUGAGGCUGCGCCGGUGCCGCCCCUGGGAGCUCUCGGUGGCCGCCCACAGCCCCGGCUGACCUGCGACGGACUCGUCCCUCCUGCGGAGCGCAGCGGGGAGACCCGGGCAGGCGCGUCCCCACCCGGAGGGCUGGGACCAGGGGAACGCGUGGACUGUGCUGGAGCUGGGGUCGGGACGGCUGCCCUCAGCCCCUCGUACCAAAACAGCCCGCUGCACUGAGGGCUCUCUCUUUUUUUUUCCUUUUUUUUUUUUUUUUUUUUUUACUCACCUUUUAAUUAAAGUCUCUGCUCUGAGGAGGGGCUGGUGGCAGUGGCUGCUCUAACUG